AUGUUGGGCCAGCUUUUUCUGCAAGGACGAUUGGAGAAUAUUGUUGGUAUGAAAGUCAGGGAAAUUGAACCUACUCUUCUCUGUUCACUUCCUCACUGUUUUGUAGAGAUCGAAGCUGGCUACUGCGACAGACUGUUCCAGUCCCUGGUUCCUGCAAUUUUACCAUUUUCCUCUUGUUUUCCAUUUGCUCGGCUCCGAGAAAGUGAUGACGGGGACAAGAACCACACCAUGUCGUCAUCAACCUCAGCUGAAGAAAUGCUCGAUCAGAGCAAAGGAAAUCAGCUUCCGGUUCCUGUGCUCGGAAUCACAUUGCAGUUUCAAGGAAGCAACCAACUUCUUGCUGCUCGCUCUUUGCAAAGCCUGCCCGAAGUUGGAUGGCAACCGUUGGUCCUCCCUGGUGCUGUGGCCCGUGUCCUUGACGAUGGGUUGCAUUACUUUAUUCAUGAAAGUCUUAGUCUACCACUCCUCGCUGUAAAAACCGGGUGUCCCCAGGCUGGGGUUCAACUUGUGGUUUUCGUCCAAGAAGAAGGCAACUUCCGUGUAAUGGAACAGUUUUAUAGUAAACUGUUUGGGGUGAAACCCAUCGAACAAGGAACCCCGGGUGGCACAAUCUGCACCUCCAUUAUGCCACUCUCACCGCAGAUGGAAUUUGUGCUUGCUUUUUACCGUGGCCUGAAAACUCAGUCAAUGAAAAAGGCUGCCCUCUACGUUCAUGUGAAGGACGUCUACACGAUCCGUGGGAUCAUAAAGAUCUGCACAGACUACUGGCAUAUAAACGAUCCGGAAGGGAAUCGGAUUGUGAUCUUCCAGAGUCUCAAGUGA